UCCGGAGCGCGCGCGAGGGAGCGAGUGGAAGGCGAUCCGUGGCCGCGGGGCCAUCCCUCACCCGGUCAGGCUUUGCAGGCAGCCAGGGAAGAGUUUUCUCCUUCGGCGAGUCUUUUCCCGUGAGGCCAGCCCACGCGGCCCUUGAAGGGCUCCCAGUGAGGAGACACGUGUCGGGAGAGGAGAGAGAGAAGUCUACCGGGAAGCUCGGGCUCCAUCGCGUAUUGACCCCCGGUUCAAAAGGCUCUGCGACUUCCACCCACCCGCCGGCCGCCCUUGACCUUGACUCGGUGGGGAGGCGCGGAAAGAAGACUCUCAGAGCUGGGCGAAGGGGCAAGCAGAGGCCGAGGCUUCCUUCCGAAGGAGUCCGUGCGGGGGACUCUCCCGCGGGAGGCGAAGCGGAGGGGCAUCCCCGGGCCCUACUACUAUGCCAGUGAGGCCCCCCGCCAGGCGUCUUCCUCUUCCUCUUCUUCCGCGCCGGAUCCGCCAUGAAGGAGAAGUCCAAGAACGCGGCCAAGACGCGGCGCGAGAAGGAGAACGGGGAGUUCUACGAGCUGGCCAAGCUGCUGCCCUUGCCCUCGGCCAUCACCUCCCAGCUCGACAAGGCCUCCAUCAUCCGCCUCACCACCAGCUACCUGAAGAUGAGGGCCGUCUUCCCGGAGGGUCUUGGAGAUGCCUGGGGACAGCCGAGUCGGUUAGGCCCAUUGGAUAAUGUGGCGAAGGAGCUGGGCUCGCAUUUGCUUCAGACUCUGGAUGGGUUUGUUUUUGUGGUAGCAUCCGAUGGCAAAAUAAUGUAUAUCUCAGAAACAGCUUCUGUCCAUCUAGGUUUAUCUCAGGUGGAACUCACUGGUAAUAGUAUUUACGAGUACAUACACCCAUCAGACCAUGAUGAAAUGACAGCAGUGCUAACAGCUCACCAGCCUCUUCAUCCUCAUCUUUUGCAAGAGUAUGAAAUAGAAAGAUCUUUUUUUCUGCGCAUGAAAUGUGUCUUGGCCAAGAGGAAUGCAGGAUUGACAUGCAGUGGUUACAAGGUGAUCCACUGCAGCGGCUAUUUGAAGAUACGACAGUACAUGUUGGAUAUGUCUUUGUAUGAUACAUGUUACCAAAUUGUUGGUCUGGUUGCUGUAGGCCAAUCAUUACCUCCCAGUGCAAUCACCGAGAUAAAGCUUCAUAGUAAUAUGUUUAUGUUCAGAGCAAGUCUGGACCUAAAACUAAUAUUUCUGGAUUCUAGAGUGACUGAAUUGACUGGAUACGAGCCGCAGGACCUAAUAGAGAAAACUCUCUACCACCAUGUACAUGGAUGUGAUAUAUUUCAUUUACGAUAUGCUCACCAUCUCUUGUUGGUGAAAGGACAAGUCACAACCAAGUACUAUCGAUUGCUAUCAAAGAAUGGUGGCUGGGUUUGGAUCCAGAGUUAUGCCACCAUUGUGCACAACAGCCGUUCAUCGCGACCUCACUGCAUUGUGAGUGUCAAUUAUGUACUAACAGAUAUAGAAUAUAAGGAACUUCCAUUAUCAUUGGACCAGGUCACAAUUUCUAAAUCACAGUUCUCAUGUAGAAACUCAGUAUCUACCUCACAAGAAACGAGAAAAGCAACAAAACCUAAAAGUAACAAAAUGAAGACAAAACUCAGAACAACUCCAUAUCCACAGCAGCAAUACAGCUCCUUCCAGACAGACAAACUGGAAUGUAGCCAGGUUGGAAGCUGGAGAUCCAGCUCCACAGCAAAUUCUGCCACCAUCCAAGAACAAGCCUUCCAUUCAGAAAACAGCGAACUUUUAUAUACUCCAUCGUACAGCUUACCAUUCCCUUACCAUUAUGGAGCCUUCCCCGUAGACCCUCAUGUAUUCAGUAGCAAAAAACAAAUGCUGCCUUCUAAAUUUGGGCAGACUCAAGGAACACCUUGCGAAGUAGCUCGGUUUUUCUUAAGUACAUUACAGACAAGUGGAGAGUGCCAAUGGCACUAUGCCAACUCUCUCAUACCAGGCAGCCAAUCACCAUCUAAAAGCCCUUCUGAUCAAUCAGCAAGCAACGUCCGCCACAAUAUCUUACCAGGCUAUGAAGUGCCACUGUCGCACAGACGAUACAGCCAAGAAGAAGGUACAUCUGACAGUUUCUCAAGUUGUCCCACGCUAACACCAAAUAGUAGAUACAAGGAAGAGAUCUAUGAUUCCAGCAUUAUAAAACACAGCAAAAUGGAAAGCAGAAUAUAUCCAGCACAUCACCAUCUGAUUAAAGAAGAAAAUAAGCUAGCUUUCAACAGAGAAGUACAAGACAAAAGUGUCAAUGAAAAGCCCUUUUCAAACUCGUUAACUAACUCUUUUCUGUCCAAAUCCGAAUGUUUCCAAGCUAAAUCCAUUGGACCAUUAAGCCACCUUCUCCCAGUCCCAACAGUUUAUGAACAAACAAGAAGAAUAUGUACAAAAGAGCCCAAAUAUGAGCAUGUUACCCAUCAUUCUUCAAAUAUGAGUGAGCUGGCAGCAGACAACAGAAUGACAGUUAAGCUUGACCAAGACUCUGAACAUGAUCACACAGUUGAUGUGAGGCACACAGGACAAGUCCCAUUUGUUCUUCUGAACUACCACCGGGUUUUAGCCAAACAUGGCGCAUUUCAAACAUCGUCAUGCACUGCCACAGAACAUGGAGCAGAAACGUAUGGACACGGUUCUGAAGAAGUAAAUAUGUUUUACAAAAACCAAAGUCCCUCAUCUGCCUCUUCCCCUGAGACUCACAAGGAAUCUGCACUUCCUCAUUAUAUUGGGACUUCUGUAAUAAUAGCCAAUGGAAGGUGACAGUCAUGGAACGAUUUUAAAUGAACAGAUUAAACCAUUGUUUCCAAAAAUGCGAACCUAGACACACAUUAAGCAUGGUUUGAAGUCAGCUGAGACACGAAUUUGCAUGUGUUCUUGGCAAGCCAUGUUGAACAGUACUUCUAAGGUCAGGGAAAAAAUGUAUCUAAGCUUCAGUGCUUUAUUGUUACAGAUUAAUCUCUGCAGUUGAUUCUCCCAGUAAUUCAUUCAACAAAUUAGUUUUGUUAUUUUGCAGGUUUACUACUCAUAGUUCAUUUACCAACACAAAAUUUCACUGUGUUUUCUUGUAAAAUACAUUUCCAUAUUCCUAUGGAUCAAAAAUAUAUUUGAAUAUUUGAGUAUCUGAUAUAAAGAAAAUUAGGCAGGAGAAUUGCCGCAAAUAUUUGUGAUUGUCCCUGCUAACUUGCCUUCAGUUUAUUGCCCCAAGAACAUGUGUUUACAUUUUUAAUCUCUGAAACCCCAUAAUAGAUUUUGAUUUUUAUGACUUUGAUAGAUUUUAUGAAGACCAGCUUGCAUGACUACUAUGCAUCUUAAAAUAAGGAAAAUCUAAUAUUUCAGCAAGCUUGGAAAUACCUACCAAAGAGUUGUGAUGAGAAUUUUUAAAAAGUAUAUUUAAAAAUAGAAGAAAGGAAACCCCCCUCCCCCAAUUUGAAAUAUAUCUUCAAGGAAAAAGAGUAUAUCCAAAGCUUCCUUUGACAGAGAAUAAUAAAAGAGAUUUGUGUUCUGUUCAGUUUGCUCUAGCAAUGAGAUCUGAAAUCCUUUCAGUUUCACUAGUUUUCAUUUUAUGUUUAGGGGGCUUGUGUUUUCAGGCCAGCAAGUAAAAGUACUCACAUGGUUAAGGGAUGAUAAAAUGCAUUUAUCAAAACAUUAAUGAACAGUUGAAAAUUUACAGGCACUUUUAAAUUUUAAGUAUAGAGUACAUUGAUUUUUGAUAUCCUGUAAUGUUGAAUAUGGUGGGUAAGGACUGCAAAGAUUUUAUGCUGUAAGUAUGUGUCACUGCUCUGAUCCAGUUCUCGGUGGGUGCGCUAAGCAUGUGAAAUAAUAGCACAAAGAAAUCCCUAGGUUGAACUGUUCCUGCUAUUUAAUUGAAUGGGAGAACUCUGUGUACAUAGAAGCUUGUGCAUGUAUGCAUCAGGGCUUUUUGGCAUGGAAGGUGUUACUGGAAUAUGGGAGUUGUCCUCUUGACAACAUAACAGAACGCUCCCUGACAGAUCAACAUGUAUUUACAAUGCAUACUGACAUGAAUCAGAAGUAUAUUUUAAUUUGGAUUCAGUCGCUUCUUUUGUAUUGCUUAAGGCUGAGUUAUUUUAAAACAUCUCUAAAGAUACCCCUCGUAAGUCAAAUGUUAAGUCAAGGAAUAAAUUCUGCAGUACAAUAAGCCAUAAACUUGUGAAGAGUCAGAACCAAUUUUUAAGGUUAUUUCCUUCAGAAUUCAUAUCUAAUGUACUUCAUACAGUAUUAAAAAAUAACAUCAUUAGCUGUACCAGGCAUGGGCAAACUUCAGCCCUCCUGGUGUUUUGGACUUCAACUCCCACAAUUCCUAAUAAGCAGUAGGCUGUAAUGAAUGGUGG